AUGGAAAGUUUACUGACCAGAGAUAGACUAAUGAAGUGGGGAGCAAUUGAUUCAGCUGGUUGUCCCUUGUGUUACCACAUCAAUGAGUGCCAUGAUCACUUAUUCUUUGCAUGCUCCUACUCAUUUGGGGUCUGGAGUAAACUGUUACGGUUGCAGAGCAUUCAUAGAACUGCAAAGAAUUGGCAGGAGGAGAAACAAUGGGCUGCUACAUAUGCAACUGGGAGAAGUGUGAAGGCUGAAAUCUACUGGAUGUGCUUAGCUGGGGCUAUUUAUCAUGUAUGGUUAGAAAGGAAUUCUCGUGUAUUUCGAGAAGGACAAAUGGAGGAAAGAGCUAUGGUGCGACAGAUUAUUCAAUAA